AUGUUGAGGGAAAAAAUAAAGGUGGCUGUGUUUGUGGAUGCCUUUGUUCAAAGAGAGGUGGUUUUUGUUGGUGGAAGUGAGGCUAUUUGGGAUGAAAGAAAUGUGAGUGGUGAAGGGUUCAUGUUGUUUAAGAGUUUUGAUGGUGUGAGAGGAGAAACAGGUGUGGGAUAUAUUGAGCAUGAAAGUUGUAGAGAGAAUGAAAUGGGAACAAGAAAUAGUUGGAUGGGUUGGUGGGAAUGA